GGGGUUUAAAUUUUCAUAAUCUUAGACACCUUUCACAACAGGUGAGAAAUUGGGGGCCUCUUUGGACUCAUUCUUGCUCCUCGUUUGAAGACAUGAAUGGAUGUAUCAAAAAGUUGGCCCAUGGCACGGGCAAUGUCAUCUGCCAGAUGAUUUUAUUAUUGAAACAAAUUGCACGGAUGUUGUCCUAUGCAAAAGCAAGUGAAAUGAGUUUCAGUCCAAAAACAUCUACCUCCGGCAAAUCUGCCACCAGAAGUUUACCAUUCUCUUCAGAGUACUUAACGUUUAGAACGCUUGGACCUGUUACAGAAAUUGACAAAGAAGACACAGUGCUAGCUUUAGCUAGAGAGUUAGGCGUUUCAUGGGAAAAUCUACGUGAGUGUUCUAGGAUUCAACGCCGGAAUACCGUCUUCUUUACUAGAACUUACCAAGCUUUUCAGCGAAGGGACCCGACCGUUGUUUCUCUUGAAACAAAUAUGUGCGCCAUAGUGCAGAGGUGGCUUGUUGAUGUCAGCAAAUACAAGCUGUACGCAGUUGUGGAGAUGCUGACAAUUGUGAAGAGAGAGCUUCCCCAAGAAGACAGAUAUCCGAUGCUGUUAGCUGUCUGCAAAAAUAGCAGAGCCAGUCAGAGAAUUGUCAGUUUAGAAGACGUUCACGACAAAAUCGUCUUUAUCAAGGCAAGUAGACAUUGCCCCCACAACUUCGUAAUAGGGAGACCAAACUCCUACGAAACUUUUUGAAUAUAUUACAGGGAUCGAGUAACGGGAGCGAUGGCCA